UUCCGGGAUCCGAGUCGCCCAUUGUGGGGGCACCUGAUGCGCCUGCUUGCCCCACUUCGUGGCUGGCGCGGCGGCUGGGCCAAUUCCGUCAUGUCGUGGUUCAUGUACGUACCUGACCUCUGGCCAGCUUCGUAGUUGCAGUUGGAGGAACGACAGCUCAAUACGGUGUACUCAGCUCCGUUGGAAACUCGACUCUUCUUUAUUUCUGAUCUAUAGCACUUGUUCGUCCGAAUCCAACAAGAUGUCUGGAGCUGCGGAUCGCGAGGCCGUCUUCCCGACCCGGCAGUCGCUCGGAAUCAUGAAGGCGAAGCUGAAGGGCGCAGAGACUGGUCACAGUCUACUGAAGAGGAAAAGCGAAGCCCUCACCAAACGUUUCCGAGAGAUCACCCGCCGAAUCGACGAAGCGAAGCGAAAGAUGGGGCGUGUCAUGCAGAUCGCCGCCUUCUCCCUGGCCGAGGUGACAUACGCUGUGGGCGGGGAUAUUGGGUAUCAAGUGCAAGAGUCGGCCAAAUCAGCUCGUUUCCGUGUGCGCACGAAGCAAGAGAACGUCUCGGGUGUCUUUCUCCCGGCUUUCGAGAGUUAUCUUACCGAGGGUAACAACGACUUUGGGCUGACAGGUCUCGGAAAGGGAGGUCAACAAGUACAGAGGGCGCGAGAAACAUAUGCGCGCGCUGUCGAGGCUCUCGUGGAGCUGGCCAGUUUACAGACCGCCUUUGUGAUCCUGGACGAGGUGAUCAAGGUUGUCAACAGGCGAGUGAAUGCCAUUGAGCAUGUCAUCAUCCCCCGGACGGAGAACACCAUCAAAUACAUCAACUCCGAGCUGGAUGAGCUCGACCGUGAGGAGUUUUACAGAUUGAAGAAGGUCGCCAACAAGAAGCAGCGAGACGUUGCUGCCGCGGAUGCGGAAAUGAAGGCCAAACGCGAAGCACAGGCAGCCAAGGAGGACGGGCGAGACCAGGGGAAGGAGAAUGCUGCUCCUGGAGAUGUCCUCGGAGCCGGUGAGGAUGAGGAUGUCAUCUUCUAAAUGUUACCAAGAUUUGGGCACACGAGCCCUUUUUAGCCUGCCGUAUAAUUACAUGUUGCCAGAUUCAAAUGACCAGAACGC